UUUAAUUCAUUUAUCUUAACUAGGGACCAAUAUAAAUCAUAUUUUAUUAGUUUGAUAUUCUCUAUCCUCCGAUUCCCUCACCUAAUUUUGCUUUUAAUAAUUUUGUAUGGUUCACCAACCCUAUUACAUUUAUAUUUUAUUACCUUUUUUUUUUUUUCGAUUUAUCAAUUGAGGGAGUAUUAUAUUAGAACCUGUUUUAUACGGAGCAUAGAAAAUUGCCUUAAUUUUAAUUUUAAAUAAUUAAAAAAUGAAAAUAUUUGAUGGAACAUACGGACCGUAAUUGUAGGCCAUGGUGAAGAUGCAACCUCAAUUACACGACAGAAGGCGUUCGAAAUUGCUGCUUGCUUUUCCAAUUCUUCUCAGAUUCAUACUCUCUUUAUUUCCAUUUUCUACAGUACCAUUUAUAGAAUAUUUCCCCAAACUCUCUCAAAUUCAUUUAUUCACCAUUUUUAGAGGGUUAUUUUCUCACAUUUUACUACUUCUUCUGGUAACUUUUUUUUCCCAGGUGACAGAUUAUCUAAUCACUUUUGAUUUAAUGCAUUUUUUGUUUGCAAUUUAAGCAUUGUAACCCCAUCAUUUUCACCUAUAUAAAUGGUCUGCUCAUUGGUUGAUUUACACGGGUUUCUUUUGAUAGCAACAAUUUUUGAUAGUUUUGGUUGAUUUAUUGUUGUUCACAUGUCAAUAAUUCCUUAUUUCACAUUCUUGUAACUGGUGGGUUAUUAAUGGUAUUGAAGAUUUUGCGAUCGUUUUAGAUUUUGAGCUUUUUUGCAUGCUAGAAUUACUGUUUUUUUUUUUAUUUUUUUUUUUUUAUUUUUUUUACUUAAAUUGGGUAGAUUUUGCUUCAAUUAGAAAUGGGUAUGUUUGAUUUUAAGCGUUAAUGAAGAGUUGCUGGUUGAUUGUAAUUCCUAUUGAAGAUUUUGUUACCAUUUAGGAUCGUUUCGAGUUUUAAACUUGUGAGAAUGCAAGAAUUAGUUGGUUUUUUUGCUUAAAUUGGGCAGUAUGAUGGGAUGUUUGAAAAUUAGGCUUAAAUGAAGGAUUGCUGCAUUUUGCUAGUUUAUUGUGUAUGAAAUAAAAAUGAAGAGGCAAAAAGUGGACCUUGCCGGUCCUAAGAGAUUUAGAUUGUCAUACUUUUUGUUGGUUUUAGCUGUACUCUACUUGGGUUUUAUUGCAUUUAAGUUUCCUGAGCUUUUAGAGAUUGCUUCUGGAUUAAGUGGGGAAGAUAGCUAUAAUAAUGUUGGUAAAGUAGGUUUAGAUGGUGAAGGUGUGAACAAGGGGUCGGUUAUUUCGAUUCAAAAAGAUACAUUUCAUAGGAAAUUGGAGGAUAAUCACAACCAAGAUGUACAGUUGUUGUCAGAUGGGAAAUUGUUGGAAAGUGGGUCGCAACCAAUUAGACCUCUUAGACAUCGAUAUGGCCGAAUCACAAAUGGUUCCUUGAUGAAGAUAAAUAGGACCAUAGAGUUGUCUGAAUUGGAGAAACUUGUAGAUGAAGCUUGGACUUUGGGCUUAAAGGCAUGGGAAGAAUUGGAAAAUUAUGAUAUUGUGGACAUAAGUGAGAAUACUGCUCUUGAAGGGAAGCCAGAGUCCUGUCCUUCAUGGAUAGCUACAAGUGGGGAGGAUAUGGUGACUCGAGACAAUGUCACAUUUCUUCCUUGUGGGCUUGCUGCAGGCUCUUCUAUUACAGUAGUUGGCACACCACAUUAUGCUCAUCGAGAGUUUGUACCUCAGCUUGCAAAAUUCAGGAAUGGUAAUCCCUUGGUCAUGGUUUCACAGUUCAGUGUAGAAUUGCAGGGGUUAAAAUCGGUGGAAGGGGAGGCUCCACCAAAAAUUUUGCAUCUCAAUCCUAGAGUGAGAGGGGAUUGGAGUCGCCGAGCAGUCAUUGAGCAUAACACCUGCUACAGGAUGCAAUGGGGAAAAUCUCACAGAUGUGAUGGUUCACCGUCAGCGAAGGAUGAACAUUUUCUCGUUGAUGGACACAAGAGAUGUGAAAAGUGGAUGUCAAGUGAUGUGGUUGAUCCGAAGGAGUCCAAAACGACCUCAUGGUUCAAGCGAUUUAUAGGUCGCAAGCAUAAACCAGAAUUACUUUGGCCAUUUCCUUUUGCAGAGGGUAAAAUGUUUAUCCUCACUAUCCGUGCUGGCAUUGAAGGAUAUCAUAUCAAUGUCGGGGGUCGACAUGUUUCCUCAUUUCCCUACCGAAUGGGAUUCACUCUUGAAGAUGCAACUGGUUUAGCAGUGCAAGGUGAUGUGGAUGUUCAUUUCAUUUAUGUGACUUCACUACCUUCUAGUCAUCCCAGUUUCUCUCCGCAACAAGUGUUGGAGAUGUCAGCAAAAUGGAAAGCUCCCCCUUUGCCCAAGAAACCUAUUCGACUUUUCAUUGGUGUACUUUCAGCUACCAAUCAUUUUGCAGAACGCAUGGCAGUGAGAAAAACAUGGAUGCAAUCUCCAGAGAUCAAGUCUUCAAGUGUAGCUGUCCGUUUUUUUGUUGCAUUGAGUCAACGAAAGGAGGUCAAUGCAGUUUUGAAGAAAGAAGCUGCCUAUUUUGGUGAUAUUGUGAUUUUGCCUUUCCUUGAUCGUUAUGAACUUGUAGUUCUUAAAACAAUUGCUAUAUGCGAGUAUGGGGUUAAAAAUGUUACUGCUGCAUACAUAAUGAAAUGUGAUGAUGAUACAUUUGUGAGAUUGGACGUUGUUCUGAAACAAAUUGAGGCUAUUGCUCCAGAGAAGUCUCUUUACAUGGGGAAUUUAAAUCUCUUACACCGACCUCUUAGACGCGGAAAAUGGGCAGUCUCUUUCGAGGAGUGGCCAGAAGAAAUAUAUCCUCCUUAUGCUAAUGGCCCAGCUUAUAUAAUCUCAAAUGAUAUUGCUAGAUUCGUUGGAGACCAGCAUGCAAACCAAGGCUUAAGGUUGUUCAAGAUGGAAGAUGUCAGCAUGGGCAUGUGGGUUCAGCAGUUCAACAGCUCUCAACAAGUCCAAUAUUCCCACAACUGGAAGUUUUGCCAGUAUGGGUGCAUGCAAGGCUAUUACACUGCACAUUAUCAAUCCCCAAGACAGAUGUUUUGCUUGUGGGCUCAUCUAGCCAAGGGCCGUCCUUUUUGCUGCAAUUUCAGAUGAAAUUGGUAAGAACUUGAUGCAACAAAUUUGUGCAAUUCCUAUUCAUCGUGUUACUAAAAAUUUGCCAAAUUUUUGUCUGUCGGUAUCUGGAUAUGAAGACGACUGCUUGUUAUGAGCACCUGAUAUUCUCGUAAGAGCAGGAAAAUUUUGAUUGAAAAUCAGUGAUCACAACAACUUUGAUUAUGAUACAUCCUUCAUGGUAUCUUCUUUAAUGACUUCGAGUUGUAUCACAUUAUUGUACAAGCAGGGAAAAUAUAUUAGAAUUGUUGAUGGCCCCUGUCCAUUAUUUGUGUCCAUGAGGCCUAUUGCUUAAAUACUCAGACAUGUAUACAUGCUAUUGUAUAUACUUCAUAGCCAUCAAGGUAUAUACUAUUUUGGUCAAUAGUUUUGUCAAUGGCUUAGCCGAGGGUACCUAGGUAUGAAAGGACCAGCAAUAGAAAGAUGAUGUGCGGUUUUCAAAGGAGUUCAUCAUUCCAAAUAUAGCAAGGGUUUGAUGUUAGUAGAAUCUAACAAUUGAGGACUUGAGAAGAGGGUCUAGUGAAUCUGAUAAUUUGCUUGUAUCUGCAUUAUUGGGUUGAACAAUGGAUUUCACUUGUUACAAUCGGAUCUCAAAUCUGUAUGUACCUGUGCAGCUACUUGGCAUGGAAUAGGAAAUGCAAAAAUGACAAGUUACAAACAUGCAUUUUUAAAUUAAAUACAACUUAUACAAUAU